AUUUGUCUGGAGGGCAAACGUGCUUCAAGGUUCGGGCUUACUUUCAGCCACUUAAUUCUUUUUGCAUUUUACUCCUCUUUGACAAACAUCCAUACAAGAUCGUUUUGUCGCAACUGUCGUUUUGGCAGGGCGACAGCCCCGGGGUAGCUGUGGUGCGUGAGUUGAGCAAGCCAAACUCAGACAGAUCUUGAAAAUUAAAGCGGCAUAUGCAUCAGCUACAUAUCAAUAACAGAGAUUGACUGUCAAUCCUAUCCAACACCAUCAUUCGUUAUUAUGUCUCAUUUAGCGCCCUUGCCAUCCUCCUCUCUUUUGGCCCAGCUCUCCCGAACCAAACUAGUGACGUCCACCGCGUCGCACCAGUUUAGAAGCGCAGUGGUCUUCACUGUCCAGGGUGAGCUUAUCUGUGCUUGGUCCUACGAACCCACUCAGACAGAUGCCACAUUUCCUCUUAGCGAGCAACAGAGACGAGAAGCGGAAACAUUGACCCCCAUGCUACUGGCUAAAACCAUCAAAAUCAUUGAAAACAGCAUCCAGGCGAUUCAGGCCAGUUCGUCCUUGACCACGUCGUAUGAAGAGGAUCUGACAUCUGGUGACGAGGUGGUAGGCUUGGUCAGAGUGAGAUACGGUUCCAAGGGGGAAUGCUUGAUCGUUCCCGGCGGGGAGUUUAACAUGAGCGUGUUUCUUGAGAGGAGGUAGAAUACCGAGAGCGGCACAAGGUUGGAAUGAAGCCUCUUUUUAGAGGUACAGCGUAUGAACAGUGAUACCUUCGUAGUCUAUAUAGAUACCAAUUAUCAGGUGAGAUACUAUUUACCAGCUGACCGUGUGAGCAGGCUGCGAAUUCCUGACUGGAUUAUGAGAUCAAAAUACCUAUGCCCAAGAUAUUAGGGCGUGAGAAUCACGUUUAACCCCUCUGGUAUCCAAUGACUAAUUUUAUCAUUAUAUCUAUAUUUUUUACCCUCAACUAAAACUUAUUAUUUGUUAAAAGCACAUUAAUGAUUACCUCAACUACGCUAAUUUUAAUCUGUAU